CAAGCCCUCUUAACAUUUAGCAGCUAGACUUGAUAAUCCAGUUUAACUCUAUGUGGAAAUCAAAUUGUCUCACGGGGUCAGACAGAUGUGCACCGUUUCCUAUGGCAAGCCCUCUUAACAUUUAGCAGCUAGACUUGAUAAUCCAGUUUAACUCUAUGUGGAAAUCAAAUUGUCUCACGGGGUCAGACAGAUGUGCACUCCAAGACAAUAGAUGGCAGUAGUGUAACAAACGCAAGCUGCCACCCGCCAUUAAACUAAAGAAGAAGAAAAUGAAAGGCCCACCAUGCAAACUCUAGUGGGGAAAACGUUAUAAAAUAAUAAAGGAGUGGGUUAGCGCAAGGAACUUAUUACCGCUGCCGACGAACUCUACGUGCUUUUUAAAAGGACCAUGGCGUCGUACGAGCAGCGAGUUUGUCGAGCCAGAGAGGAGAACGAGCGACGGCAGGAAGAUGCUCAGACGGCGCAGUUGCAUAUCCGAGAUAUCCAGCAACUGAUGGGUCAUCAAGUUGAUCGUCCCUCUCAUUUGCACUGGAGGCGCACCAGUUUGGGACAGGACGAUUCACAGCCCUCCAACAAGGCCGAUGUUAGCAAGUUGCCACUGACUGGUGUCUCGGUGAAGAGUGAAGACGAAGAGGAUCCACAGUCCCCCCAUGUUAAAGAAGAAGAGGAGGAUCCAGAGCACCCUCACAUUAAGAAGGAAGAGGAGCCGACUGAUGUCAGCAAUUUGCAGCUGACUAUCAUCUCUGUGAAGUUUGAAGAUGGCGAAGACCAACUACCUGAGUCAUCACAGAUUCAUCAGCACAGUCCAAGUAGAGACCACAGUGGAGGACCACCACUAGACAACCUCUUAGCUCCGCUGUCAGACAGUGAUGACAUAGAUGAACGUUUGAGGAGCGAUGCAGACUGUGAAGACGUCCAGCAGCUGAUGGGUCAUCGGGUUGACAUUUGCCCUCAGUCGCAUGGGGGAAGCUCCAAUUUGGGGCAGGACGAUUCACAGCCCUCCCACAUAAAUGAAGUCGAAGAGGAGGAGGCCGAUGUUAGCAUGUUGCUACUGACUGGUGUCUCUGUGAAGAGUGAAGUCGAGGAGAAAGAAGAGGUUCCACCGCCUCCCCACGAUAAAGAGGAAGCGGGCCCUCAGCCCCUCUGCAUUAAAGAGGAGGAAGAGGAUCCUGAGUGUUCUCACAGUAAAGAGGAACACACGGGUCCUCAGUCCCUCCACAUUAAAGAGGAAGAGGAGGAUCCAGAGUACCACCAUGUCAAGAAAGAAGACAUGCAGGCUGAUGUCUCUGUGAAGAGGGAAGACGACGAACCACCUGGCUCAUCAGAGCUUCAUCAUCACAGUCCAAGUGGAGACUACUGUGGAGGACCACCACCGAACAACCUCUUAGCUCCGCUGUCAGACAGUGAUGACAUAGAUGAACGUUUGAGGAGGGACGCAGACUGUCAAGGUGACGACAAUCAGUUGACAUGUUCUGAAAUGGAAAGCUCUCAAACAUGCAGGAGUCGUCACUCAUUUAAAGAACAUUUCAGCUGCACUGUUUGUGGUAAAAGAUUUGCUCGAAAUGGAAAUAUGAUUAGACACGUGAAAACACACACAGGUGAAAAACCAUUUAGUUGCUCAACUUGUGGUAAAACCUUCUCUCUAAGGCAUCAUAUGGUUUUACACAUGAGAACGCACACAGGUGAAAAACCUUUUGGUUGUUCUGUUUGCGGUACAACAUUCGCUCAUGAAGAAAGUCUGAAAAUACACAUGACAAUACACACUGGUGAAAAACCCUUUAGCUGCUCAACUUGUGGUAAAACCUUCUCUCGAAGGCAUUAUAUAGUAUCACAUAUGAAAACACACACAGGUGAAAAACCCUAUAGCUGCUCAACUUGUGGUAAAACCUUCUCUCAAAGGCAUUAUAUGGUAUCACACAUGAAAACACACACGGGUAAAAAACCCUUUACUUGCUCAGUUUGUGGGAAGGCAUUCUCUCUAAAGGAAUAUAUGAAAUCACACAUGAAAAGACACACAGGUGAAAAACCCUUUAGGUGCUUAGCUUGUGGUAAAGCAUUCGCUCACAAAGAAACAUUACAAUCACACAUGAGAAUACACACAGGAGAAAAACCCUUUAGUUGUUCAACUUGUGGUAAAACUUUCACUCAAAGAUCAAAUCUGAGAACACACAUGAGAACACAUACAGGCGAUAAACCCUUAAUUUGUUCAACUUGUGGUAAAACAUUCAAUGCAAAGCAAAAUUUGGAAAAACACGUGAAAAUGCACACAGGUGAAAAACCCUUUAGUUGCUCAACUUGUGGUAAAAGAUUCUCUCGAAAGGAUUGCAUGCUGUCGCACAUGAUAAAACACACAGGAGAAAAGCCUUUCUGUUGCUCAGUUUGCUGUAAAACAUUCUACCGGAACGACAAGCUGCAAGUACACCUGAGAAAACACACAGGAGAAAAACCCUUUAGUUGCUCAGUGUGUGGAAAAAGAUUCUCGCAAAAGGCACACCUGGCUAUACAUAUGAGAAGGCACACAGGAGAAAAACCCUUUAGUUGCUCAGUGUGUGGGAAAAGAUUCAUUCAAAAGGUAAGCCUGGUAAGACACAUGAAAACCCACAAAAGCUGAGCUCAUACAACCAGUUUGACUGCGCACUUGCGAAAACACAAUUCAGAGAGAAUCCUUUUCCAGGUACGGUGUUGGCACACCUAUCCUCACAAUGUCUGUUUUCCUUGAAAAGGUCAUUUUAAAAAUAUAUUUUUACUGAUGUCUGGCGUUCCUCCUCUGUCGCCAAUCAUGAAAAUCGCAAGAGGACAGAAAAAUGCCGACGUCACUCUUAAAACAAGUUUUGUGAAUCUGAAAUCUGAUUGGAUUAAAAAAAUUAAAAAACAGCCAUUGCCAAUGGUGUCUAUGUGUCAUGGGCCAGCACUCCUGAUUCUGAAGCAACACAUAGAAGCUGAAAUCUGAUUGGACAAAAAAAAAUAAAUGACAAUUUAACAUACACACUACUGGAAGCUGGGCAGCAAAGACACACUAUGACAUGAAUACAAUGGACUAUUGGAAAUAAAUUAAUACAAUUGAAUGUGAGUUGUAAAUGGAGGUCAGUGCUUGUGAUUGUGUUUAGGCCAGCAAAGCGGGCCUUGCUGGCCCUGACUGUACACAACUGGUUGGAGUCCAACCCUUACUGGAAACGAAUCCGACUUACUGCCAAAGUCUGACAACCAAUAUAUUUUUAUAGUCCUGAGUCAGUAAAUCAUUUUUUAAUGCAUCCAUGCCUCCGCCAUCCUAACUCAUCUAUUGUGUGUUUUCUUAUCUUGGUUGUUUUUGUUAUAUUUGCAAUCAUAUACAGUACUGUGAAUACGGGCAAGCGGUCACUGAAGAUAAAAUACUCACCAUAUUGUUAUGUAUGACAUUAGUGAAUGUAUUAUCUAUUAAUGCUUCACAAUGAAAAGUGAAUAAAUUGAUUCUCUUGGGUCUGGUAAUUCUGGGA